UAGUACACACAUUUGCAGAAAGCGGGACCCUCAGGCCUUCUCAAUGUGGGUCCCUGCCUCUAGACCCUGCCCUCCUCCUCACCUGCUGCUGGCUCUGCUGUUGGGACUCACAGGUGUGGCCGGUGAGGCAGGGUUGCAGGUGAUCCAGCCUGACAAGUCAGUGUCUGUCACAGCUGGACAGACAGCCUCUCUGCGCUGCACCAUGACCUCCCUGCUCCCCACAGGGCCUGUUCAGUGGUUCAGGGGGACAGGGCCAGGCCGGGAGUUAAUCUUCAGUUACAAAGGAGGCCACUUCCCCCGAGUAACAAAUGCUUCAGACACCACAAGGAGAAACAACAUGGACUUUUCCAUCCGCAUCAGUAACAUCACCCCAGCAGACACCGGAACCUACUACUGUGUGAAGUUCCUGAAAGGGACCCCUGAUGUGGAGUUUAAGUCUGGACCAGGCACCCAGGUCACUGUGAGCAGUGUGGCCGGUGAGGCAGAGCUGCAGGUGAUCCAGCCUGACAAGUCAGUGUCUGUCACAGCUGGACAGACAGCCACUCUGCGCUGCACCCUGACCUCCCUGCUCCCCACAGGGCCUGUUCAGUGGUUCAGGGGGACAGGGUCAGGCCAGGAGUUAAUCUUCAGUUACAAAGGAGGCCACUUCCCCCGAGUAACAAAUGCUUCAGACACCACAAGGAGAAACAACACGGACUUUUCCAUCCGCAUCAGUAACAUCUCCCCAGCAGACACCGGAAUCUACUACUGUGUGAAGUUCCAGAAAGGGACCCCUGAUGUGGAGUUUAAGUCUGGACCAGGCACUCUGGUCACUGUGAGCGAGUUGAGGCCAUCUACUCCAAUCCUGAUAGCUGUCACCCUGGGCCCGAAGCUGCUGCUGCUCAUCAUUGUCUCUGCCAUCUAUGUCCACAAGAAGCGAGGGCCUGAUUGUGUCUCAAGAAUAAAAUAGCACCAAGAACAUAAGAGACUCAUGAGGAACAUUUCUGGAAUGAUGAGCAAAUAAUCAACUGUGAACAUGGGUACCACAGCUCCUCCCUUCCUCCCCUACUAUAUGCCACCCUCAGUCUCUGCUCCUUCCAUCCUUGAGGGGCCAAGCCAAAGACAAGGAACAAUGAGAAGCUUCCCCAAC